AUGUCUUCAAAUGGAAAAGGUCAGGAAACUAAUCCUGGUGCCGCAGGUGCAACAAACACUUCCAACGGAAAUAGUCAUGGUCAUCACUCAAACCAACAGCAACACGAGCUAUCCACGAAGCAGCGAGACAUGCAAAGCUUCCACGCGUACUCCAAGCUAGCAACUCAUCCUUUCGCCUGUGACAGUGCUAAGGCCGAUCACGAGCGCAAGCUGUAUUCCAUCGAGGAACAACAAGAGACAGAGCUUGAACGGGAGCAAGAAAAAAUUGAUGCCGAAAGUGCCGACAAUGCGUAUGAUGCUGACGUUGAUGAUGACAUGCUAGUUCGUAAUGUUGUUGCACCUGUGGUCACUAUGGAGCAGGGUGGGGAAGGUUCAGGUUCAUGUGAAAAAAUACUUGAUGAUAAAAUGCACAUUUAUGAGCUUUUUCAACCGUGGGCAUUAAAGACAUACGGUGACUUGGCUAAAACUAAAACAAUAACAAUGAGAAAAAAGAUUCGCAUUUUAAAAGCUUUGGAAGGCAAGGAGCAUAGUCGUCCGGAUAGUUCGAAAUUUCGUUUCUGGGUAAAGACCAAAGGGUUUACAACGAAACGACCAGAGAGUUUCGAGGAUGCACCUUGUACGCAACCUCAAAAGAAAGUGCUACCACCAGAUGCAGUUCUCUCUGAAAAUCCAGCAGACGUAGAUCUCUAUGUGGCCUCUACAGCAAAGGAUUUGGACAAACGAACGUACCGGAAAGUUGCCGUAGUCGAGGAAUUUUUCGAUAUAAUUUACCAGAUUCACAUGGAAUUGGGCGGCAGAAGUGGUAUGCAUGCAGGACAGAAACGAACCUAUCGAAUUAUCUCGGAAACUUAUGCUUUUUUGCCUAGAGAAGCUGUUACUCGUUUCCUCUCCAUAUGCCCAGAGUGCAAGAAAAAUCUGAGACCUUCUUCACCCUCGGUUUCACAGGCAAAGGAAGACCUAACCGGAGCUAUACAGAAUGAAAGCUCAUCAGAAGUUGAAGUACUUAACUAUUCGUCCCACACUGAAAGUUCCAUGGAAGCGGGUCCAACUACAAAAACAUCAACAAAAACUUCAUUGGCAACAGGGUUGUUACAGAACCCAAUUAAAAUACAGCCAAAAAAACGAAGAUAUUCCAGUCCGGAUAAUAAUUCUAAGGUUUUUGUCUCUAGCUCGGAACCAGUAGAUUCCUAUCAACGCUUACCAACUAGGGCAAGUUCAAGUCCAGUUUUAGAUCCAUCUUCUAGACCUAUGGUAACAGCACAAACGCAAAAACCUAAGAUCCGCGUUAAUCCCAAUUUACAAAGACCCUAUACGCCACCACUUCAGGAAAGUUCCGUUUUUGCCCAACCUUGUCAUUCCGGCUAUGGUUUUGACUUUCACUCACUAAAAUCACGUGGGAAUAUGAUGCGUUAUUAUGACUUUAUGCGUCGCUUAUAUUCCGGGAAUUUGACCAUGCCUCAUUCAUUCAUAGCACCACCCACGUUCGCGAAAGAGCUACCUAAAAGAGACAUGCCACCAGUCAGCUCGAAGAGUCUAUCACUGUCGAAGCAGUCAUUGGCAGAAAAGUUCAACUCGUCAUCUUCCGACGACGAUGCGGCUGUUACAGCCAAACGUUUUAAAAGCUCCUAUGAGAGUUCUGAAAGAACAAAAACAAUAGAAUUAUCAUCCGGCCAACUGCAAAUACCAACCGUUGAUAAAGACUUCGUAGAGUCUACCCAAAUCCGUGCAAUUAAUCUUUCGAAAAAUUCUUCUCAUUUCAGUGCUCGAGAAAAUACUCAAAGUGAGAGCUGCAUACCACAACGUCCUACGUCAUCACUUGAAGUACCGCCGGCUACCUCGACACCUACAUCCAUUAAACAGGAGGCACUGAGUCCACCGAAGCCGACAAUACUGCCCACACUGCGGAUUCCUCAGAUACGUUCAAUGCCGGGACUACCUCCUUUGGAUUUUGAAAGACUCAAGCCGAUUACAUCCACCUAUUUGCAGCUGACCCGAAGUAUGGGCUUGAGCGAUGAAGAAGCAUUGCGCUUUGAUAAUUUGGUAAGUAAAGAUUUUAAAUAUUCUCUGUAA